AUUUUGUCCGUGACGUCACAAAAUGUCCGCCGCACCACCGAAACGUUCAGUAUAAAAAGUUAAAAAACAAGAAGCUCCCCUAGUUUCGUCCAAAUGGAUCGCAGAUAUACUUAGUUUUUCUAAUACUUAGCUGACGAAACAAAAGUUACACUUAGAUAUUUAAAUUAUUUCGUGUAGGCAGUUCUUGCGUAGUCGUCGGCUACGUCGAAAUGCCAUAUCGUGUAGUCUUUAAGAAUUUUUCCUCUAUUCUAGAUGCAACUAUGGGUUCCUUGGCGAAGUUCGUGUGUUUAUUCUUGGUGGUAUGUUCGGUGCAGAGUCUUCAACUAGAGAGCCAGGCUUCGACGAGAAGACCGCGAGUCACCAAGUACAGCAAAACGACCGUUGUGCCUGGAGGAUCGACGGAACCAGCAACAGAACGCAGUUUGAUGACAGCAACGUAUCGCCUGUAUGGAGGCGGUGGUGAAACUUGCAUCCUAUUCACCGUUGACGCUCUACUCGAUAUAUCAUACGUAACGAAACUAAAUGAACGAGCCGAUGCAAACACUUUUGUCCCUAACAAUGCCAACGUGGCCGGCGCUUGCAAGGAAAGUGAUUUGGAGACGCUGGUCCUUUCUUUCAAGGAGUUUUCGUUAGAAAUGGUCUUCGCUAAGACACCAGGCGGUGAGCGUUGGUACGCAGACAGCGUUCGACUAACAUACAAUUCUAGUGCAAGAAUACUGGAACAUGCAGCAAAACAAGGCCGAAGAGUUACUCUCACUACUGGACCUAGGGCUCUUUUGUUCCCUACACCGGUUGGCAAAUCCUUCUCGUGUCCCGAGGAAACUGUAAUUGAUUUAGCUGAAGAAGAACCUAGCAACCCAACACUUGCGCAUCGAGCUAAGUUAUACCUCCGUCAAAUGCGCUUGCAAGCGUUCAUGUUUAAACGCGACGGUGAAUUCGGGCCACCAUGGCAUUGCUCUGACUCCGCUCGUGCUCGUUCUGAAACAGCCCCCGUCGCUGUGGGGGCAGCACUGGCUAUCGCUACCGCAGGCACAUUGGUAGGUUACGCCAUCUGGCGUUAUUUGAAAGUAAAGAAGGUUCAAUACGACACGAUGGAAUGAAGAGGUUAGACGUUCUGAACUUGAAUUGAUGACGUUAUGAUUAGUGUUAGUAUUUGUCAAUGAUUUGUCGAUACUUUUAUUUUUAUCUUAAAUUGAAUGUUUUACUUUAUAACGUUCUUAAUUAAACUUGUCAGAACCAUGAAGUGCUGUUCGUAUUGUAUAAUGAAUUUUUAAAAGUUGUCGAUAAUUUUAAUUUAAACAAUUCGAUAUAAUCUACAACCAUAAUCAGUAAAUAUAUUAUGUAUUAUUGUGCGUUAAUUUAAGCAUGCGUUAACAUAUCACGAGUUUCUUUUGCUAUAAAUCUUUUUUAAAUAGUUAAGACAUAUUAAUAGUCACGGAAAAAAGCAACAAUUAAUUUUACUGCGAAUAAUUGUCUGUUUUGUAAAUUUCAAUAGCAUUUUACGGUCUAAUAAGAAUUCAGUUUUUUUUAGUAAAUAAGAAUUAUAGAAUUAAGGCAUGGACACUAAUUAUAAUGUCAUUUAACAUUUUAAUUCACAAUUGUAUUUUACGACACAAUUUUUUUCAUUGUACUUUAAAAAAAGAAUACUGUGCCUAGUGCCAAAAGGCCCAAUGUCCUUACUUUUAGAUAAUUCGAAUAGAAACAGUGAAUAUAAUAUGUUGGUAAUUUUAUAUAACAUCUAUGGAUAAAGAUAAUUUCGGGUUCAAUCUGACAAAGCAAGCAUCACAAAAUUUUCAAUUGUUUAAUUUGUGUUUGAAAUUAAUCUUUUGCUCAACUGUAAAGGAAAAUGAGUGAGAAAAUCUACAUGUUUCAAUGAAAGUCUGACACGUGUAUCUUACGCAUAGAAGCGGCGUGGUGGAAUUAGCUCCAUGCUUCUCCUCAUAGGAAGUUAAAUUUUCCCCAUUUACAUUACUUAAACUUUAAUAAAAUUUCGUUUAUGCUGUUUUGGACAUACUUUUUGAAAAAUUUGGCAAAUGUCCAAUCUUUGCUUACAUUAUACUCAAAAACGUGGCUAUGCCCUUUUAGCACGAGGCUACAGAAUAUUAAUUAUACAAAAAUGUUAUUAAAGAUUGCUUACGAAAGUUCAGAGCGCCGGUAACGCAUAAGAGGAUAAAUAAAAAAAAAUGCCAAUUUCUAGAUAACGCAGUAGUCCCAAAACGUUGUUAAAUAUAAAGUACACAUCACUUAGAUCGAAAACAAAUUAUCACUAACUUACUUGUUAAGGAACGGAAAUAAUUCGAAACUAUUAAUAAUUACUUAAAAAGUAGUUACGGUAGCUUCAUACAGUAUAUGAUAAGACGUAUUUAUACCACACAUAGACACAAAUACACUCUGAAUGUAUAAGCCGGUGUAAUUACAAGCACAACUUUGUGACGUCAUAGAUCUCGUUCGUGGUGUAUCGCUAUCGAAUGAUUUAUACUUUUUACCGUGCUAAUAACUUUAUUGCCAAAGGUGGCAUACCAGGAAGCCCAGUAACUGUCAGCUUUAUAAAACAAAAACAUAUGUUAUACACUAAUAUUCUAUUUUUAAAAUGCAUUUUAAAAAUAGAAUAAAAAUACAUUUAAAAUAAAUAUGUUCUUUAGUAGCCGUCACUUAUUGUUUAAUUAUUAUCGUAUAUUGUAUGAAUUACCUUAUUCAAGAGCGAUAGUGAUGUGUUUGUAAUAUCGAUAGUGUUGAAUCGAUGACUAGUUAGUGUUGUUACAAUAGUGUUUGAAAAUGUAUAUAAGCUGAAAUGAAAAUAUAUCUUUGUGAAGUAAUUCUAUUCUAAAAAUUAUAGAUGAUCUGUUGAAGUCGAUUACGAUGAGAGAUUUCAUCGAGUUUGUAAAGCGUAUCGAGAUGUAACUGUUUACUGUUGUUGAAGGUUGAUAAUUAUGUAUAAAAAAUGUAUUUAAUCCUCAUAAUAUUCCCAGUAAUCCCUAGGCUAGAACCAUUUCUGUAAGAUUUCGGUAUUAACCGGUACUAGCCGGUAUGAACCGGUAUAAGCCGAUAUGAAUCAGUAAAUGAGAAAGAAUGUGGUAAUGGGAAAUGUGUUUUAAUAUUCAUUAUAAUUCGUAUUCGCAUUAUUAAAAUCGUUAACUAAUCAUAACAUAUCAGAUGAUAAUAAAAUAUAAUUUAUUGACAAUUA